ACGCUGUCCCCUGCCCUUUUCUUUCACUUUCGCCCCGCAUUCCUCCUCUUCCCCCCCACCCUUGUCUUUCCAUUCCUCUCCCCUCCCUUCUGCCUGUGACCCCUCCCUACUAGUCCUAAGCCCCUUCAUCUUUCACAGGUCAUCUCUGCCGUAGCCCUGAAACCUUAGCCUGUCCCUCCCACCUUCCCUGUGUCUUGUCUCACGAGUCCUCUCAGGGUGGGGGCAGGAUGUGGAGCCUCACAGCUGGGCUCACCCCAUAGCAGAACCUCUCCAUCCAGGAGGACGGGCAAUGUGACAAUUAAGGGGGCUUGCAGAAAGAGGUGAGUUCACUGUCUAGUAAAACUUGAGUUCCGGCUGUGGGGUGACCCAGCUCCUCUGCUACCAUGAACAGGGCCCCUCUGAAGCGGUCCAGGAUCCUGCACAUGGCGCUGACUGGGGCCUCAGACCCCUCCACCGAGGCAGAGGCCGGUGGGGAGAAGCCCUUUCUGCUGCGGGCAUUGCAGAUUGCACUGGUGGUCUCUCUGUACUGGGUCACCUCCAUCUCCAUGGUGUUCCUUAACAAGUACCUGCUGGACAGCCCCUCCCUGCGGCUGGACACCCCCAUCUUCGUUACCUUCUACCAGUGUCUAGUGACCACGCUGCUGUGCAAGGGUCUCAGUGCACUGGCCGCCUGCUGCCCUGGGGCCGUGGACUUCCCCACUCUGCGCCUGGACCUCAGGGUGGCCCGCAGCAUCUUGCCCCUGUCAGUGGUCUUCAUCGGCAUGAUCACUUUCAAUAACCUCUGCCUCAAGUACGUUGGCGUGGCCUUCUACAACGUGGGCCGCUCACUCACCACCGUCUUCAACGUGCUGCUGUCCUACGUGCUGCUCAAGCAGACCACCUCUUUCUAUGCUCUGCUCACCUGCGGCAUCAUCAUUGGUGGCUUCUGGCUUGGUGUGGACCAGGAGGGGGCAGAGGGUACCCUGUCUCUGACGGGCACCCUCUUUGGCGUGCUGGCCAGCCUCUGCGUCUCGCUCAAUGCCAUCUACACCAAGAAGCUGCUCCCGGUGGUGGAUGGCAGCAUCUGGCGCCUGACCUUCUACAACAACAUCAAUGCCUGUGUCCUCUUCCUGCCCUUGCUAUUACUGCUUGGGGAGCUGCAGACCCUUCGCGACUUUGCCCAUCUGGGCAGUGCCCACUUCUGGGGCAUGAUGACACUGGGAGGCCUGUUUGGCUUCGCCAUCGGCUAUGUGACAGGUCUGCAGAUCAAGUUCACCAGUCCCCUGACGCACAACGUGUCGGGCACGGCCAAGGCCUGUGCCCAGACGGUGCUGGCCGUACUCUACUACGAGGAGACCAAGAGCUUCCUCUGGUGGACAAGCAACAUGAUGGUGCUGGGGGGCUCCUCCGCCUAUACCUGGGUCAGGGGCUGGGAGAUGAAGAAGAUUCAGGAGGACCCCAGCCCCAAAGCAGAUGAGAAGAGCACCGUGGGGGUGUGAGCUCCCUCAGGGACCCUGGGAUGGCCCGGGCCCAGGGAGAACACUCAGGUGGGGCUGGAACAGCAGUGAAGGCUCUCCCCGCGGACCCGGAGAGGGUGAUAUGGCAUUGCGUGGAGUAGAUAUUUUUACAGACCUGAUCACAAUGUGGUGGUUGAAAAGAAACCAGUGUUUUCAAGUAAUACCAGAAA